CGAGACACACGCACCUCUCCAACACUCAAAAUGGAAUCGUCCGCACGAUAUCAAUAACAUACAUCCCAGUGACGUUUCAAUUAUUAAUAACAUUACUUUUUAUGAGAACCGUCAAAAUGUUGUCGUCACAUUAAAAUCGAAGGUAACGGACGUCAACUCAAAAAGUGCACGUUCAAGCUAGAGUCGUUUUCAGUUUCAGUUACGCGACACGUGCAAAUUGAACGAGACAUAAACGCUAUGUUUGUUUACAACGAAAGUGACCGGGAACUGUGACAUUUGAAACGGACAUUAGCCGGGGCACUUAACGUGCGUGCGACUCCAGUGAAAUUAUUGACUCAAAUAAUUGAGUUCAAUUCCGUCGUAUUGUGAAGUGUAUGUGGGAUUUUGGCAACUCAGCCGUUACGAUACUGUGCUCUGACACCAAAGAUAGAAAGAUGAACCAGAAGUGUAAAGUGUGCGGCGAGCCAGCGGCCGGCUUCCAUUUCGGUGCUUUCACGUGCGAGGGGUGCAAGUCAUUCUUCGGUCGUUCGUACAACAACCUGAACUCCAUAACGGAGUGCAAGAACAACGGCGAGUGCGUCAUCAACAAGAAGAACAGGACGGCGUGCAAGGCGUGCCGCCUCCGCAAGUGUCUCAUGGUGGGCAUGUCCAAGUCCGGCUCCAGGUACGGUCGCCGCUCCAACUGGUUCAAGAUCCACUGCCUCCUACAAGAACAACAACAAGCCGCACAAUCCCACUCGCCACCUCGAGUACCGCAGUCGCCCCACCCGUUGGCGCCGCCGUUCCCCCCACAUCUGUUCCCCGGUCUGGCGAGACCGCGCACGAAAGAAGAACUAGCCUUGUUAGGACUGGAGGACUACAACAAACCGUGCUCAGGAUCCCCAGACUCACACCGAAGCGGGUCUUCUCCGAAAUCCGAUGAGAAAACACGCAUCACAUCUCGGCCUGUCGACAGAGCACUUACUCCGCCCCGGGAGUCUCUGUUCCAACUGCCUCUGGCGAAUAUCGCUUCCUUGCCCCAUUUCCACCACUCGCCGUUCUUACCUCCGCCACCAUUUAGUCCCUUUCCAACGAACCAUCCUUUGCUGUUCCCUCCGGGACUCCACCCUAUAUACUCGCGACAUUUACUGGACCACGCCGCAUUUAGACAAGCCGCCGAGAACAACAAUGAUGUGAGGAUCGACGACCACAACUCUGAGUCUUCGAAAAGAUUCUUUUUGGACGAGAUUUUGAAACAUCAGAGAUCUUCACAACCGACGCCUCAAGAAGAAGUCGUGUCUGAGUCUGAAUUUGUGCCUACGCCUCCUACUGAACGACGGGCUUCCGAAUCACCAAUUCAGGAGAACCCCAUGGACCUGUCAGUGAAAUCUGAUGGUCGGUCGAGUUCAGCCCGACGGCGGUCUGACGACAGCGAGAUCAUAGUUCCAGACAACGAUGAUAACGAGUCCGCAAGCGCAGGUGCCUCCGCCAGCGAAGAGGAAGACAUGCCGUACUCUCAAAUCAAGAGAAUCAAACUACACCCUUUAGAUCUCACCACUAAAGUGUGACAUCGAAUAGACUGCGUAACCAGUGAACGAAACACGGCCAGUAAAUCGGAAUGUGAUUUUAAAAAUAAGUAGAAAAAGACAAUUGCUCUCGCAUUGUGAAUUGUUAUCGAUUGAAAGAGUCUAUCCAAAUACGUAAGAUAAGUAGUUUUAGUUGAAUUUUGAAGGAAACAUGUUGAUCGGUACUCAAUGAGCCUAGUUGAAGGUUUUUGUACAAAAAUACGAAAUGUAAAUAAUAAAUUAUUCGCGUUUAGUUUAAAUUAGGUAUAGGUAAGUUUUAGUGGCGGUCCUGUUCGGAUCGCGACCCGGUGUCGAAACAUUCCACUUUUUUUAUAUAAAUUAAAACAAUUUUUUAUGUAUAACUUAUUCAAUUUAGUAGAAUUUGUUUGAUUGACGUGUUGUUUGAAGACAGUAAAAUUUUUAAGUUCGGGUGCAUUGUGAGACUUGUUAUUUCGCCAACAGGGAGAGAUAUCGCAAGAUAGGGAAUAAAAUAUUACACUCACUUAUUGUUAAACAAUCCGACUGCGUUAUGAAACUUGUUAUUCAAAAUGUAAUUUGUAUCAGCGUUUUUAACAAUAAUGUAUUAUUUAUAUUGUACUUAAUAGAAUCAAAACAAUCCGGCAUUUUUCAAUUUUAUUCGUUUUCUGGGAAAAUUAAUGAAGUUUUUUGUGCCAGUACAGUAUCUCAGUAAUAUAUAAUUAUUAAAUUAAAAUGGUUAUAUUAAAUUGGUAACUUUAAAACGUUCAAUUACUUUCGAAUUACCAAAUGUUUGGUGCUAAAUGUGUCUUAUUCUAAUAUAAAUGAAAGUAAUGUUGUCCUUAUUUGCAGCGGUGCUAGGGCAUUUGCAGUUUUAUAUUUUGGGAAGUAAAAAGGAAUUCAGUAUUCUAAAAUGUUGUAAAUAAUAAUACAUUUCGAGAUUUCAAUGGAAUUUAAAUUUUAUGUUGAAACAGAAUCGAAUAGAUGAAUUAUUUUCUAUAUAAAAAUAACGUUUUGUAUAUUCUUUUGUUUCAAUAAAUUAAAUGAAUAUUUAAGAACUUAUACUCAAAAAUACAUUCCUAUUUUGCUCAAUAAAAACGUUUGUACUUACACCAAGUAAUGGUUUUUAGUCACAGAAUUAUACUCAGAAUUUAUUUAGACGAAGAAAAAAAGAUUUUUGUAAAUAUUCUUUAGUUAAAUGGUUUUUAUUUUUUAUUUCUAUAAACAAAUGUAUGUAAUGAAUACCUUCCACUGAGACUUAAAAAAAUAAAAUAAGGAUGCACUCGAAAA